AUGGCACGUCACCGGAGGCAGCAGCACUUGGCCGAAAGCACUCGAAGCCACGUGUUUCCCGAGUGCGGAAAAGCAUUCACGAAGAGGGGCCAUCUCACCAAUCCCCUGCUGACCCACACGGGCGAGAUGCCACAUGCCUGCCCUAAGUGUGGAAUGAGGUCUGCACUGCACGGUCACGCCAGGAAGCACGAGCUGGCCGUGCACAACAACCAGUACCCGCUGCACUGCCCGCAUUGCAGCAAGGGGUGUCUGAGCAUGAACACGCUUGGAAACCAUGUGCGCACUCAUCACCGAGACGAAGACGAUGGCAAAGAGAACGACCAGUCAAGGCAAAAUCACCCCGAGAAGGAAGGGCAUCUGCUGGUCCACACGGGGGAGAGGCCGCACGUGUACCCAGACUGCGGCCGGCGCUUUACCCAGGUGUCAGACAAGGUUCGUCAACGGAGGCGGCAGCACUCGGCCGAAAGCACACGUCACGUGUUCACGAAGAGGGGCCAUCUCACCAUUCCCCUGCUGACCCACACUUAUCAGAUGCCGCACGCGUGCCCUGAGUGCAGUAUGAGCUCUGCACUGCACGGUCACGCCAGGAAGCACGAGCUGGCAGUGCACAACCACCAGUACCCGCUGCACUGCCCGCAUUGCAGCAAGGGGUGUCCGAGCAUGAACGUGCUUAGAAACCAUGACUUCAACAAGCGAAGGAAUUUUAACAGGCAUCUGCUGGUCCACACGGGGGAGAGGCCGCACGUGUACCCAGACUGCGGCCGGCGCUUUACCCAGGUGUCAGACAAGGUGCGUCAACGGAGGCGGCAGCACUCGGCCGAAAGCACACGUCACGUGUUCACGAAGAGGGGCCAUCUCACCAUUCCCCUGCUGACCCACACUUAUCAGAUGCCGCACGCGUGCCCUGAGUGCAGUAUGAGCUCUGCACUGCACGGUCACGCCAGGAAGCACGAGCUGGCAGUGCACAACCACCAGUACCCGCUGCACUGCCCGCAUUGCAGCAAGGGGUGUCCGAGCAUGAACGUGCUUAGAAACCAUGACUUCAACAAGCGAAGGAAUUUUAACAGGCAUCUGCUGGUCCACACGGGGGAGAGGCCGCACGUGUACCCAGACUGCGGCCGGCGCUUUACCCAGGUGUCAGACAAGGUGCGUCAACGGAGGCGGCAGCACUCGGCCGAAAGCACACGUCACGUGUUCACGAAGAGGGGCCAUCUCACCAUUCCCCUGCUGACCCACACUUAUCAGAUGCCGCACGCGUGCCCUGAGUGCAGUAUGAGCUCUGCACUGCACGGUCACGCCAGGAAGCACGAGCUGGCAGUGCACAACCACCAGUACCCGCUGCACUGCCCGCAUUGCAGCAAGGGGUGUCCGAGCAUGAACGUGCUUAGAAACCAUGACUUCAACAAGCGAAGGAAUUUUAACAGGCAUCUGCUGGUCCACACGGGGGAGAGGCCGCACGUGUACCCAGACUGCGGCCGGCGCUUUACCCAGGUGUCAGACAAGGUGCGUCAACGGAGGCGGCAGCACUCGGCCGAAAGCACACGUCACGUGUUCACGAAGAGGGGCCAUCUCACCAUUCCCCUGCUGACCCACACUUAUCAGAUGCCGCAUGCGUGCCCUGAGUGCAGUAUGAGGCUCUGCACUGCACGGUCACGCCAGGAAGCACGAGCUGGCAGUGCACAACCACCAGUACCCGCUGCACUGCCCGCAUUGCAGCAAGGGGUGUCCGAGCAUGAACGUGCUUAG